AUGCCCACUUCCACGUCGCUAAUCAGCGAUCAUGCCUUACACCUGCUGCACGCACUAUUUAAGAGUCCCUUCCACAUCAAGUCUCUGCCAGAUUAUCAAACCCUUUAUGCUCUGAUGUGUAUAGUUAAGCCAGAUGGACCUCCUCAGUUGUGUAAAACGGACGAGAUUGGAGAGAUAAUAAUCAACUCCCGCGCUGGAGGCACCAUGUACUACGGCUUGCCUGGACUCACCAAAAACACCUUCGAGGUGAUACCGGUCAACACUAAUGGAGUUCCCAUUGGAGAGAUUCCAUUUGUGCGAUCAGGACUCCUGGGCUUUGUCGGUCCAGGCAGUCUGAUCUUUGUGGUGGGGAAGAUAGAAGGUUUGCUGAUGGUUAGUGGGCGAAGACACAACGCUGAUGAUCUGGUGGCCACUGCUCUGGCUGUGGAGCCUGUGAAGACAGUGUACCGUGGAAGGAUUGCAGUGUUUUCGGUCACGGUGUUCUACGAUGAGAGGGUUGUAAUUGUGGCAGAGCAGAGGCCAGACGCCAGCGAGGAGGACAGCUUCCAGUGGAUGAGUCGAGUGCUUCAGGCUAUUGACAGCAUCCACCAAGUGGGCCUCUACUGUCUGGCUCUGGUCCCGGCCAACACCUUACCCAAAACACCCCUGGGUGGCAUUCACAUCUCUGACACCAAGCAGUUCUUUUUAGAGGGCAACCUGCACCCCUGCAACAUCCUGAUGUGUCCCCAUACGUGUGUCACCAACCUGCCCAAACCUCGCCAGAAGCAGCCGGUCGGCGUCGGCCCUGCAUCCGUCAUGGUGGGGAACCUGGUGGCAGGAAAGCGGAUCGCCCAGGCAGCGGGCAGGGACCUCGGCAUGAUUGAAGACCAGGACCUUGUCCGGAAGCAUCAGUAUUUGACAGAGGCUUUACAGUGGAGAGCCCAGACAGACCCAGACCACGUUCUCUACGUUCUUCUCAAUGCAAAGGGUGUAACAGUCGGCACGGCCACCUGUGUUCAGCUUCACAAGCGAGCGGAGAAGAUCGCUGCAGCUCUCACAGAGAAAGGCAGUAUCAACACUGGGGAGAACGUAGUGCUGCUCUAUCCACCUGGCAUCGAUUUGAUUGCAGCCUUUUAUGGCUGUCUCUAUGCUGGUUGUGUUCCAGUGAACGUCAGGCCUCCCCACCCUCAAAACCUGGCAGCCACUCUGCCGACAGUCCGCAUGAUUAUUGACGUGUGCACAUGCAGCUUCCAUCGUACCAGGGGUCGCCCCUACACCACCAUCCUGCUGUUCUUCUGCUUUGUGGUGGGUCUGGGCUGUGUCGGCGUAUUCUACCUGCUCAUUUACAGACGAGUCCUCGUUGCUUCACAGGCUCUGCUUCGCUACAGACUCAGCCAAAACUCGUCCACAAGAAAACCUCCCCCCUCAGCUCAGGUAACGGACGACAGUGAAGCAGAAAGUGGCAUAGUAAAAACAUGUAGCGUUGAGUUAAACAGCCAGGAACAAAGCGCAGAAGAGAUCAACCAUGAAAUGUUUCAGUCAACCCAAACUUCCAUCCCAAGAAUAACAACCAAACCUUUUGCUGCCUCAGAUAACAUCAAAGACAUAAAACAUGUGACACGCAUGUGCUUCACUGUGUUUCUGUGUUUCGUGUGCUGCUUCGUCCCCUUCCUGAUACUUAACAUAGCCGACAAACAGAACCGUGCCCCGCAGGUUCUGCACAUGUUCUGUGCCAACCUCACCUGGCUCAACAGCUGCAUCAACCCUGUGCUCUACGCCGUCAUGAACCGGCAGUUUCGGCAGGCCUACAACGUGCUGCUCACCAGAGCUGCUGCACCCCUCACCUGUCUCUGGUCCCAGAAUGUGAAACUCUAA